AAUAUAAAAGUGAUAAUGAGUAAUAUAUAUCAAUAGGCAUAGACACUUGAAAAUCACAUGAAGAUCUUGUUUUAUUUCACGUCCUACAAAUGAAAAACCUUCCUCCUGAUAUGGAUGCAAUAUGACAGCUAGAAUUUUCAUAAAUAAGUAUUUUUCUUUUUCCUCAUUCCUUCUAAAUGUAUCACAUAAAUGUGAUUUUACAUUCGCUAUUAUUGCUAGCCAAUUGUAGAGGUACAACUCUAAAUUUAUUGGAGAAUUAAAUUUUUUCUUUGCUACUAAUACUUGUGCGGAAGAUAUCAUCAGUGUGGGAAUUAAUUCAGCAAACGCGAUCGAGAGAAUUAGCAAUGAAGAUUUUUAAUCUUGAGAACAACGCGGAAGAUUUUACGUCGGAAUGAAAUUCAAAAUUUAAAGUAUGAUAUUUACAUUCUCUCGAGUCGACUAUGUAUUAAAAGAGAAAGAAGAAAAAGAAGGACGAUCAAAUGCUUCACCGUGUCACUCUGCCCCUCACAGUGGAAGAGUAUCAAGUAGCUCAACUGUAUUCUGUAGCAGAGGCUAGUAAAAAUAAUACAGGCGGUGGAGAAGGCAUUGAAGUAUUGAAGAAUGAGCCGUUUACGGAUUAUCCGUUACUCGGUGGAAAGUACUCAUCAGGCCAAUAUACAUAUAAGAUUUAUCAUUUAGCUAGUAAAGUGCCUGCUUUUAUUCGCAUUUUACUGCCAAAGAACUCGCUAGAAAUCCAUGAAGAGGCUUGGAACGCUUAUCCUUAUUGUAAGACAGUCAUAACUAAUCCAGGGUAUAUGAAGGAUAAUUUCGUAAUUAUGAUAGAGUCCUUUCAUAUUGGCGAUGUCGGCAAUCAGCAUAAUGUUCACGAAUUGCCGCCCGAUAAGCUUAAGAUCAGAGAAAUAGUGCAUAUAGAUAUUGCCAACGAUCCGAUUGCAAGUGCCGAUUACAAGGUGGAUGAAGAUCCAUCUAAAUUCAAGUCCCAGAAGACAGGACGGGGUCCUCUCGUUGGGAAAGACUGGAAGCAUAAUGUUCAACCUGUGAUGACGUGCUACAAGCUAGUCACUUGUGAAUUCAAAUGGUUCGGUCUGCAGACCCGCAUCGAAGGAUUCAUUCAAAAGGCGGAACGGCGCCUGUUUACCAAUUUCCAUAGGCAAGUGUUCUGCUGGAUAGAUGGUUGGUAUGGUUUAACCAUGGAGGAUAUUAGAGCAAUCGAAGACAAUACGAAAGAAGAAUUAGAUAGGCAAAGACAUCAAGGUGAAGUACGGGGUAUGCGAGCUGAUGAUUGAGGCUUCGAUAGCUUCUAUUAUGAACGGUUAAAUCAAUUUCCUUAUACAUGUCAACACAAAUACAGAUGCAUACCUACAGAUGUACACCCUGUUACGCUCUGUCAUAGACGAUUCCACAGGAUUCGAACGAUUUCUGGAAUUUACGUGUCUAGAUUCAGUGUCUAUUAUAAAUUACUUACAAUUUUAAUUUAUUUUACAUUUACAAGCGUUUUAGAUAAAUGUAUCUACAGUCAAAGAUUAUAAUGUAGUUAUUAUAAAAGAAAAAGAAAUGGAAGGAAUCAGAAAAUCUUCUGGUUCUCUUGUUUAAUGCAUAAUUAUGAAAAGAAUCUGGUUUCUUGAAAACCACCAUAGAUAAAAACGUUAUGAUUACUUAACAGCAGUUCGUAGUUCGAUAAUAAUAGAUAUUGAAGUUCAAUUAAUGAUCGACAAAAUGCUUGCUACAAAGUACAUAAAGAAAAAAAAACAAAGGAAAUAAUGUGAUUUAACAAUUUCGCAAGUUUGAUCGUAGUUUAAUAGUUAAAAAAUUCCACAGUUUAAUAUAUUAAUGUACAAUUGAAAAUCUAAAUGUUGCAUAUUAAUGAUCUGUAUCUCGAACUAUUAUUUCAACCGAAAGUGUGAUGUAUUAGAUUGUGUAUUUUCGAAAGAAAGCUCGAGAGUAUUUUCUCAAUUCUACGAAAGUGUAUAUGUGAUCAGGAGGAUCGAUUUGAAAAAUUCUAAGGAUUUUAAAUGUAUAUCUAUAGUUAUUUCAUGGGAUCCCUCUACGAUUCCACGAGACAAGGUACUACGGUAGAUCUCAAUCUAUAAUGUUCCUCUAUUCUUUCAUUAUGUUUGUUAUCGACGAGUGUGAGACGUGUAUAUGUACCUAUUCCCUAAAGAGUUAGGACCAAACUGAUGGAUUUUUUAAUUAUACUGCGAUGCUAACAAUAAUGUUAUUAACAUAUUACACUCUAAAUUAUUUACUGAGGACGAGGAGAUGAUGCAUUCUAUGUAAAGCUCACACUGAUAUACAUAUACACACAUAUGUAGAGAAGCAGAGUUUAGGCUAUUUCAAUAUUGGUGACAGCGGGUGGACGGCGAAAGAGUGCGUUAUUGUAUAUAUAUAUAAAAAGAAAGAGGCAUACACAAUGAAAUUCAAAUUAUAUAUAUAUAAAUGUUUCUUUUGCAUUCCAAUGGAUCUCUUAGUACAACCGACAAAGUAUUCUAGAACGCUGCUCGUAACCUGUUACAGACUAUUAUGAUCAUCCUUAAAUUUAAAAUUUUUCUUCAGUAUAUUAUGUGAGAAAAAAAUAUCGUAACCAAAAAAAGAUAAUUUUGUAACUAUCUCAUUCAUAAUAAAAGCAAAGCUCGAUAUAUACUCGAGAUAUUUUAAAGUUUAUUUUGGAAAUGAUUACAUUAAUUUUUAAUUAAACUGAAUUGAUUCUUAGAAUUAAAUGAGAGUAAAGUCUUUUAAUGGGUUGAACUCGCAGCAGCAUUCUCACCUAGUGAUAGGAUCUAUAAUUAAAUAUACGAUUAAAGAUU